AUGCCUCCCGGGGGCAGCGGCAGCAACAACGACGGCCAUGGUCUCAGAAACACGGAAGACACGAGCCCGCCACUCCCAACAGCCCGUAAGCGCCUUGCUUACCAAAAGCGGCUCCACAUCCGCCGCCUCCAGCAAGGCGUGCUAGCAAUCAGAGUGUCCAUGCUUCGACUGGACCAGGUCGAGGAAGAUAUGCUCAUGGACGAGGAAGACGCAGAGGCGAUGGAGGAAGAACUGCACGAGCUGGCAGUUUCCAUGGGCGAGAUAUCCAUUGAGCUGAGCCACAUAGUCAGUGAAAUAGACCGCGACAACUUGUCCGCUGCGAGGCUUGCUCAGCAACCACAGGCCAACGCCGAGGCCCCCCGCGUCGUGGGCCAGACAAACGGUGAACUGCAGAGCGAGGCUGUCAACGAACAGACCAAGAGAGCUGGGGUGUUGGACGACCUCAUCAGUGCCAUCUUCCCCUCAAAUGUAUCCGAGGAUGAGGGCGUGGCAGGAGAACAAUGGCUGCAGGUCGAUAGAAAUUCUCUCCUCAGAUUUCUGGACGAUCAGGCUGCGGGUCGAUAG